AUGGCGGGGUGCGGGGGGGCGCGGCGGGAGCGGGAGCCCCGAGCGAAAGUUGGGAGGAAGAAAGAGCGGCGGGGCGGGCCGGGCGUGCAGCGGGGCCGGGGCCCGCCCGCCCCGUCGCGUCCCGCCGGGCCGGGGCUGUCCCGGCGCGGAGCCCCACGGGCCCGGCGCGGCUCCGCGCCGCCAUUUUACCUCCUCCCGCAGCGGAGGGGCCUAAUUCGGAGCUUAUCAGGGCUCGUUCGCAGCCCCACGCAGAUGGUUCCGCAGGCGCUGCCAAAGCCACGAAAGCAAAUGAAGCAGCAUCAGCCUGGCCCCGCCGAGCAGGGCAACCGAGCCUCCUGGGCGACCGGCGAGCUGCAGGCGUUUGGCGGCGAAGGGCGGCCGGGACGCGGCCCCCGACGGCAGCUCGCCCCGGCUCGCCUCCCGCAGCCCCGCCGCCGGCCCUGCCCUGUGGGCCCUGCUCGGGCAGGGCCCUCCGUGCCCCUCUCCCGUCCCGUCCAUUCGGGCCGGGCGCUCCAAGGCCCGAGGGGCGCCGAGGGGGCUCCUCCAAGGGCCGCGGUAACCCGCGGCUGCCCCCGCCACCUGAGACGGGUCACGGAGAGGGAGCGGGGCCCGGGUCACGGGGCGGGGGAAGGGGAGGGGGCCGCACCGCCCGCGCGGGGGAACUUUGGGAAAAGGCUCCAGCGCCGGCCGCCCCCUCCGCCCCGGGCCGCCCCCUCCGACGGCCGGAGCCGCUCCCUCUCACCCCCACCUGUUGUGCGGGGCUCCGGCCUUCUCCCCUCGCCUUCCCCCAGCGGGGUGGGGGCGCCGGGGUCGGGGUGCCCGGCCCCUCCCGUCGGGCCGGGGGCGUGCGGAGACCUUACCUGUCAGCGGGAGCGGAGGGUCCGGGCGCUGCAGUCCCGCGGCCGGGAGGAGGUACCUGGCGGCUCCGGUCGCCAAUUUCCACGCAAGAACCUGCCACACAGUUUAAAUGUCAAUGACAGCAAAAGAGGGGUGCUGCCUUUGCACUAA